UGAUCUCUCCCGCUGCGGUUGCCAGGCACUUGUCACGGCCUUUAGCUAGCCCGUCUACCUGCGUGCUGCCCCGGCCAAGCCGCGCGCGACCGCGAGGUUGGUAGCCGGCCUCGCUUUGCUCGCCCGUCCGCGCGCCGCGUCCUUUUAACUGGAGCUCGCUCGCCGUGGGCACGCGGGCUAGCUGCUGCUCGCUGCAGGCUCGUGGCCUCUCUCGUACGGGUAGCCGGCCGGCCGACACACGGCCAUCAACCGGGCUCCGGAUGGGGCGGCAGCCGUGCUGCGACAAACUGGGGGUGAAGCGGGGGCCGUGGACGGCGGAGGAGGACAGGAAGCUCAUCAACUUCAUCCUGACCAACGGCCAUUGCUGCUGGCGCGCCGUGCCCAAGCUGGCCGGGCUUCUGCGGUGCGGCAAGAGCUGCCGCCUGCGCUGGACAAACUACCUCCGCCCCGACCUCAAGCGCGGGCUCCUCACCGACGCCGAGGAGCAGGUCGUCAUUGACCUCCAUGCCAAGCUCGGCAACAGAUGGUCGAAGAUUGCUGCCAAACUACCGGGCAGGACUGACAACGAGAUCAAGAACCACUGGAACACGCACAUCAAGAAGAAGCUGAUCAAGAUGGGCAUCGACCCGGUCACGCACGAGCCUCUCGACAGGAAGACCAGCAGCCCGGCCACAACGUGGCAGUCCGACGUCACGGCCGAGUCCAAGACCGACGAGGCAACCAAGCAGCAGAGCCUGCAGAACGACGUCGUCAGGGACGUGUCUGCCGGCGGUUCCAGCCCGACGGAAUCGAGCACGAUCACUGUCAGCACCGGCAGAAGCAGUAGUAGCCAUGACCAGGACCCAUUGGUAAAGUGGCUGUUGGAAGAGGACCCGCCCACCGGCAACGAGCCGUGGCUCAGCUUCGCUGGCAGUGUCGACGUCGACGACUUCAGCAGCAUCGCCGCCGGCCCGGCGCCGUUGCCGUGGGACGGCGCGACUGACUGGCUGCUAGACUACCAAGAUUUUGGAUUGGGGGACUCGAGUUUGGUCGAUGGCUACAUGGUCAAUAGCUCAAAUGGAGCAAAGUUCUAGCUAGCUAUAGCAGCUGAAGAUGUCAGAGCUUGUGUUGCUAUAAAUGUAGAUGAGUAAUAAUAAAAAGCAUGCAUCGAGAUUGUGAACGGUGAAUGGCCCUGUCCCGGAUCGAUCCAACCAGUGGUUGGGAUGCAUUUGAGGGGGGAGAGAGGUGUAGAGAUUUAGAGCCAUGUUGUUGUUAUUCCCUUUGAGGUUAAGGGGUUCGUGUGAUCGUGUCGCUGGAAAGGUGUGUUUCUUCUCAAAGAACUAGAGAGGUGGUGUACAUUUGGUUAUACGUAGAUGUAUGUAUUGUUAACUUCUUGCAUCUUGUGGAAUAACAUUCUUAUGUGCAAAUUGC